AUGCAUGUAAUCCCGACACGAUCAAUCACAGAUGCUUUCGUUAACCACUUUCUAAACCUUGUCAAUUAUCGAUACAGUGCCAUUUAUGGGCCUACAUUGGCCGACCAAUACGUCACAUGGUGGGCCGAUCGUACCGCGCAGAAACGUGUCUCUCCCGAGUUCACGUGUCUGUUAUUGCGGAUAUGCGCCUACUCAGUGCAGUAUCUUACGCCAAGUCUUCGCGAAAUGGUGGAAUUUGAGCUUGCGUGCGACUCCCAGGUCCUCACUGAUAGGUUCGCUACAGCCGCGGAGCAACUGAGCCAGAGCUUCCAAGCAUCGGACCCGACUAUCGAGCGUAUACAGGAGCAGUUUUUGAAAGGAGCUUGGCUGAAAUCAGAGUCGAAGAUUGUUGAGUCGUGGCAUGCUCUAGGCUGUACAAUACGUGCGGCACAAGAGCUGGGUAUUGAUAGAGAUGCUGGGAUUGAAGAACUACCGGAAUUCGACAUCGAGAUACGGAGACGCAUGUGGGCUCUGUUGUACUUAUGGGACUGGCAAAUGUCAGCAUGGUUAGGGAGACCAAACCUCAUUGACCAAAAGAACCUCGAUUUUAAGUUGCCGAACUUGCGACUAGACCAGUCCACCACCGAACCUAACGCGAUUUCCCCAUUUGCGCACAUGUCUCUCCAAGCACAAUUAGGCAGGAGGAUAGCAAGCGUACUACGUGACGUGCAGCCUGCUCGUGGUCCUUCAGCGGAAGAGGUGCUGGCUGUCGAAGCGGAGUGUGAGAAGUUUAUCGAAGAGCUACCGGCGAUUUUUCGAGUUGAUGACCCAGAUACCUCUCUCGACGAGCAGCAUCCGUAUUAUGUUUUUCAGCGACACCAGAUGCACUGUGUCAUCUUUGUUUCGAUGCUGAAUUUCUAUAAGCCAUAUCUGACGCGGGAUCGAGCAGAUGUACUGACGGACAGAGACGAUGAGUUUCGCAAAAUGGGUGUUGACAUUGCAUUGCGUGUUCUCCGGGUUUCGCGCAGACUGUUUGACCAUGAGUUUCCUAUCAACGCCAAGUUCCACAUGGUAGUGUUCUCGAUCUUCGACACUGCAACGAUCUUAUGUUCGGCUAUUAUCCACGACCGCGACCACAUGUUACCACAUCGGCACGAGGUUGUGGACGCCAUCGAGGAUGCGCUUGGCAUACUCUAUCAGCUCAGCCACACGACUAAGCUGGGGGCUUCAUCUUAUAGCUUCCUGCAGAAGCUUGUACAAGCCAGCCCCGAAUUGUACCGGUGUUCGCCAGUGAAGAAGCGCCAAAAGCAGCAGCAGCUUGUCGCAGCUCCGUUGUCCUCACCAACUCCUCCGACUACAUCGCCUCCUGUUGCUAUUUCUAUUGAGACUUCUAGUAUUCCGCCGAGCGUGGUUGCUCCACCACAAAUGACAACAACGGAUGACAUCUCGUUCGAUCUGGACCAGUUCCUCGCAAACAAUCCUUUUGGAGAUCUUGGGGACUCAGCCGCUCUCGAUAUGGGUGGGAUGGAGCAGAUCUGGGAUUGGGAAAACUUGCAUCUCGAAGGCCUUUCGCAGAAUGAGUCGACUUCAUGA